AUGAUUGGGUCAGGACGAGACGGAACCGAGUACGGCUUGCGCGAGGUGGCGCUGGAAGAACACGCUUGCCUGAGCAGAAGACUGGUCACGCCGACUUAUGGGGCAGACGCCAAUCUCACUAUGAGUGCAGUGCACGCCGCGAACAUGCGCAUGCAACGCACUAAGGAAGAAUCCAAGAAAUGGGAACGCCAGAGGCCUGCUGUAAUACAUACUACGGAUGUCUCUUCGAAGUUCUCGACCAACGCAGAAGAGGUCGUGCGCAGGUUCCGACAUACAGUUUGUAUGGACAGCAUCAACUUCCACAUCGGCGAUGUCAACCAUUGA